GCUUUCAUCACACUGCUAUAGGGGAAAGCAGAGACUGUAUAGAAGCUGCAGAUAUAGAUCUAGUUGAUAGAUCAGAAAAUGGACUGUUACCUCCAGGUGGACUUUUGCUGGAUUGCUAUCUCUAUUUAGACACUGUUUGCAGGAACUUGCAGAGCAAAGACUUUCUUUCUUUUCAUGGACUUUGCAGCCCAUGCUGAGUGGACCUGCAGGAUUUCUGUGUAGAUGAACGUGGAGUGUGUGUCUCAAUGAGGAUGGCAGAGCGCAUAAGGACUGUGUAUCUGUCACUGAUGCUGCUGUAUCUUGUUCUGCUGGGCACGGCUCGCACGGCGCACAGCAUCUACCCAAGGAUACGGCUCUCACACAAAGAACUUUGGCAGCUGAACAGGACCUGGGUGUUCCAAGGACAUGGAGCGUCUCUUCAGCCCCAGACCAUGCUGCUGGACGAGGGCCACGAGAGGCUUUAUGUUGGGGCCAAGAAUACUUUGUUCUCCCUUAGCCUGGAUCGGGUCAACACACACCACAGAGAGAUCCAGUGGGCCAGCACAGAAUCUCAGAUCGAGGAGUGUUUGAUGAAGGGGAGGGAAAAGUCGGAGUGUGCUAACUACAUCAAGGUCUUGCAACAGUACAACCAGACCCAUCUGCUGGUCUGUGGGACUGGAGCCUUCAAUCCCAUCUGUGCCUUGGUCGGAGUGGGACACACAGGGCAGGACAGGCUGUUUGCUCUUGACGAGGACAGCAUCAUGAGUGGCAGAGGACGCUGUCCAUAUGACCCCAACAGUCCCUGCACAUCUACGCUCUCCAGAGGAGAGCUGUACAUUGGCCUGUACACAGACUACUGGGAGAACGAUGGUGCGUUCUGUCGACUUAACAACCAGACCUACACACGCACUGAGAGAGAUGACAGGCAGCAACUCAAUGAACCUAAAUUUGUCGGGUCAGCAGUUAUUCCCGACAACGAUGACAGGGACGAUGAUAAAGUUUACUUCUUCUUCACUGAGCGAGAGAUGGAUGCCGAGGGAGUGAACAAGGCUGUGUACACUCGCGUGGGGCGAGUCUGUGCGAAUGACCAAGGAGGGCAGAGAAUGCUGGUGAAUAGAUGGAGCUCCUUCCUGAAAACUCGCCUCAUCUGCUCUGUGGCUGGACCCAAUGGCAUUGAUACACACUUCGAUGAGCUCGAGGAUGUGUUUGUGCUCAAGAACAAGGAUGGAAAAAACCCAGAGAUCUUUGGCCUCUUUAGCACAACAAGCGCUGUGUUCAAGGGCUAUGCAGUGUGUGUCUAUCACAUGGAUGAUAUCAGAGCAGCCUUUAACGGUCCAUUUGCCUACCGAGAGAGACCUGAGCAUCACUGGACUCCCUAUGAGGACAGAGUCCCCUACCCUCGACCUGGAUCUUGUGCCAGUAAAGUGAACGGCGGUGGCUUCUCCAGCUCGAAGGAGUUUCCUGACGAGGUUCUGCGGUUUGUGCGUUCCCAUCCUGUGAUGUAUCGUCCGGUCCUCCCUCAGCACCGUAGACCUGUCCUGCUGCAGACAGAGCCAGGCAGGAGAAAGCUGACCCAGAUUGCUGUGGACAGAGUUCAAGCCCAGGAUGGACACUACCAUGUCCUCUACAUCGGCACUGAUGACUCAGUGGUGUUGAAAGUUAUCACCAUCUACAACAAAGACACAGACACUAUGGAGGAGGUGCUGCUGGAAGAACUGCAAGUAUUCAAGUUGCCAGCACCGAUAAAAGAGAUCAUAAUAUCACCUAAAAGGCAACAGCUGUACGUGGGGUCAGAGGUGGGCGUGGCCCAGGUCAGACUGCAUCAGUGUGACCUCUAUGGGUCAGAAUGUGCUGAUUGCUGCCUGGCCAGAGACCCCUACUGCGCCUGGGAUGGAUUAACCUGCUCCAGAUACUACCCUGCUGGAGUCUACACCAAAAGCAGACGAUUCAGGCGGCAGGAUGUUCGCCAUGGCAACGCCGUCCAGCUGUGCAAUGGGCUGCAAAUUGAUGAUGAACAAUGGCACAGAGCGGAGGAGAGAUUGGUGUACGGUGUGGAGAGCAACAGCACUUUACUCGAGUGUGUCCCUCGGUCACUGCAAGCCAAAGUCCUCUGGUUCUUACAGAGAGGCGGAGAGAAACACGAGGUUCGAGGUGAUGAGCGGGUUGUCAUGACCUCCCACGGGCUGCUGUUUUUACGAGUGAGAAGCUCAGAUGCUGGUGUGUACGUGUGCCAGACUGUGGAGCACGGAUACGUGCACACGUUAUUACGUACCACUCUACACGUGCUCAGAGGGGAGAGGGUGGAGUCAGCGAUCCACAGGGCUAAUGAUGGGAACGGGGAGAAAGCUGCGCCUCCAUGCCACUCUUCCAUUGGCCCCCCACCAGGCCCCAGCAUCACUCCCAGAGCUCUGUUACCAUCCUCAGUCCCAGGCCCCCACUCCAGGCUGUGGUACAAGGAGUUUCUCCAGCUGAUUGGCUACGGGGAUGCCCAGAGAGUGGAGGAGUACUGCGAGAGAGUGUGGUGCUCUGAUAAAAAACGCAAAAAGACCAAAAGGAGGUAUGUUCCUUCAGGUGGCGAGAAGCGAGGGAAAGGGAGAGGAGAGGAGAACUCCCACCGAGCGCCCAGGCACACCUUGGACACCUGAGGAGAACAGAGACUGACUGCACAUACACACACACGCACACACACACACACAUACACAGUCUAAAGGUCAGACUCACUCAGUGUUUGCACCAUGUAAAAGGUUUCCACUUUGCUUUCGACAAGAGCAGUACCAGAAAAAACAACAGUAGCAGGCUGUCUAGCUGCUGUAGCUACAUUUAUCACCCAGUAGUUUGACUCUGAUUUUAAAAAGCAACUUUUUUGCCUUUUUUGUGUGUGUGUGUGGUGUAAACUGAUUAUGCGGUGCAGACCCUGGGUUAAUACUACAAACGGCAGUGUCGGAGCAGAGCGAGGCCCUUGGAGGAGAUGGACGACUGAUUUGGCGGCGUUGCCUCUGAUCUGGAGAGACAGAACAUAAUAUUUCAGCUCCUGCGGACUGACCCAGCCCAACCCAGCUGUCAAUCCAAACGCACACAGAGACUGCUACACUAAAACCUCUGCCCCGCCUCUCAUUCAGAAAAUCACUAUGACAAACUGUAACUGUAUCUAUUAUAAGAGAAAACUAUGUAAAAGGUAAUGGCCUUCUAAUCUUUUUUUGUACUAUGAUAACUUAUUUCCUUUCUACUUUGAGUUCUGUAGUUGUUUUUAGAUGUCAUAAACUGGAACAUAUGUAGUGUUGUUGUUUUUGUACAGUGAAAAAAAAAACACAGAUGUUGACAAAGAUGUUGCAAUGCCACUAUUAUGAAUAUUUGAGGCAUGUUUCAGUUAUAAUUAUGCCUUCAAUGGAAAUAAUUCCUAUUUAAGCACUUGUGGAAACUGUUACAGUCGAUAAAAGUGGUCCUAUCGUUGGAUGUUAUUGUUAUUCUAAGUGUCUACAUUUACAUGUACAUUUGUGAUCAAAUGUACCAACAGUAUUGUGUGUAUUGUAUAUUGUAUUUAUCGAACAUUCAGGGUGGUCUUUGUGUGCACAUCUGGUAACUAACUGUGUAUUCAAAAAGUCAUCCUUCUCUGCUGGCUGUUCCCUCCUCUUUCCCUCCAUCACCCCUUCAUCUCCCCCCAUGUGUUCAUCUGUAACGAUGGUGCAGAUGGGAUUCAUAAUUACCACCAUGAAACAACAAUGUAGAACACUACAUUUCCUUCAGAAGCAAAAACAAAAAAAGACAAAUAAAUGUUAGGGUGACCAUCCAAGUAUGCCAUUAGCAAAACUGAUGAAUCAGCCUCAUGAAUAUUCACUUCAUCCUGAGAUGACAUCGAACAAUCUAAUGUACCAGGGAAAUGCAUUGUAGUGGGCUGUGCUAACAACAGAGUCUGGAGGAUCACCUCUUUUUCCAUGUCGUGCCUUAUUUAUCUCUUAAUUUUGUCACUUUAGAGUUUUGACCUUGCUGUAUUACCCCGUAUUCAUGACGGGGUAAAAACAAACGCUUGGUCUAUGUCAAGGCCUUAUAUCGUCACUCAUCAUUCUCCUUGAAUAUUCCUCAACUAAGAGUUUGACGUAGAUUGAAAAUGAUGUGUCUGCUAUACCCCUUAUAAAUACCUGCCAUUAAAAAAAG